AUGUGGAAAAAAAUUCAUGUCACUUUCCACAGCAACAUCAAACAAAUUAUUUUUCAGCUGCAACACUUCAAGGCUUUACGCACGCACGAGGAGUGCUACUAUCGUCCUGGAAUCUCCAAAGUUUAUAUACCUGGAUCACCACAAAUUCGUUUUACAUUCCGUGUUGUCAACCCGGCAAGUGAUCUUGAUGUUCUUUCAUCAACUGACAUUGGGCACUCCGUUUUGAAUGGCGCUCACAUAGAGCAAAACCGUCUUAAAAAUCUUUUGAUCAAACCGAUCGACAACGCCGUCAAUGUAUUAGAUCUGCUUGACAGUAGCGUUAUCCUUAAGCUAUUAUGA